AUGGCAAGGAUGAAUUCGAUGCCUACAACAGCUACAAUUGCCGUUGUUGCCCUCCUCCUUUUCUUCGCAGAUGCUGCCUUUGUUCUCGCAGGUGACACACACGAUGGGAGCGAAGGCGUUUUCAAUGGGACGAAGUGUCGUCUAAACGACUACGUUCCCGCCUACGGCCCGUGUCUCGCCAACUCUACUCGCCUGCGAAGUUGGACAAAGGCGAAGGACGCGAACUGCGUGAGCGACGCGUCGGUGCUGCCCUCCGCGUCGUACGUGCCAUGCGCGGUGUGUUCGCUUGGCAUGCAGCAUCGAGAUCAGGGUGAGAGCAUAGGCGACUGCGGCGGCUGCGCGGUGGGCGAGUAUCUCGACGUGUCUGCGCGGCCCCCCACGUGCGCUACCUGCCCGUUUGGCACCACUGCCGUGCCGGUGUUGGCGUUCCGCGACGGCUUCGACGGUUUCUCGGGUAACGUCUCCGCAUUGCAUAGAUCGAGCGCGUCGCGGUUUGUCUACCCUGAUUCAGGAUCUGCGCCGUUCGCCACGGCGAAUAACACGGAAUUCGAAUUUGUGGGCUUUCGUCGCGGCGGGCGUGACGAGCUUCUCGUCGGUCUUCGUCCACCCCGCAAGGGGGCGGGGUACUACUACGCUUACUCCACGUUCCGUUACACUUUUGAAGCGCUAUCGGAUGGGUGGGUUGAAAUAGUUUUCGCCCUGCAACGCCCCAGUGGAGACGGCGGCAACAGCGACAGUGCAGCGGUGCGUCUUGAAGAGCUGGAUCACAUUCGGUCUGUUCUUGUCGUGGAUCACACGACCGUCGACGUUCGUGCGGCAGCGUCCACCGUCAUCACCGCAGACCCCGCCGACGCGGAGUACUCCGUCGUCGUUCCGUUUUUUCAUUCACGCUCGAGCUCCAGCGUUCCUGACAGCGCCGGGACAAGCGAACACUCGCUGUCGUGGAAGGUGCAAGAAAGUUAUCACUACUCCUCUUCUAUUGAUAUUGUAAUACGGUCGUUGGUGGUGAGCGGCGAUGUUUCGGGUGGCACCGAGGUCUGUGAGCCGUGCCCCCCUGGCUUUGCCUGCCCACCACAAACCACGAAAGCAUCCGCGUGCACCCCAGGAACCUACCAGCCUGCCACGCACGCGCUGCGGUGCCUGACCUGCACAGGGAACACUUAUUCCCCUGGAUACGGGUUUCGUGAGUGUCUCACAUGUGACGAUGGCCGUACGGCGAACGAAAAGCACACUGCCUGCAGCGACACAUGCGUAUUUGCCUACGAAGACGUCUUGUACAACUUCACAGCGAUGGCUGGCGUAGUGCUGAAUGCUACCGUGGGCGACGCUUCGUACAACCCAGCGCGCUACAUGUCGGUGGAAGAGGCGGACGCGGCUGCGCUCGACCGGGUUUACUUAUCGGUCUGUGGUGCGCUGCCGAUUCGAAACGCAGCAGACCACGCACCCAGCCGCAGCUCGACCACCGACGACGACCGUGGACGCUGGUGCGUGCGCGACGUGUGGAACCACAACAGCUCCACCAGCGCGUACGUGUGUGAGCGCACCAACGCCACGGUCGGACGCCACUUUGGCAACGUAACGCAGUUGAUGAGUGUCGGGGGACGUGCAAGUGUGGUGACCUCGAUGGGGUCGCUCUUAGCCCCGGUGGACAUGCGGGCCAACGCCUCUACUUAUUCAGAGCGUACAUGGCGGGCGGUGAUCCAAUUGGAGUGCAGGGAUGAUGCGGACGAGGCACGCAAGGCGGGUACGGUGACGGCAGACGAGGUCGGCGCAGACUCCCUCACGCUGACGUGGCGCUCCGUGUACGCCUGUCCGCUAUGUACGGAAAAGUCGUUUACCCGAUCAGAGUCUCGGUGCAAUGGCUCGUCGAUGCACACGGUGGAGUACGCAAAGAUAAAUUCUACGGUCUGCACGCACGGCUUCGCGCCGCCACCGCUCUCCGUCUUGAACUGCACACCGUGCCUGGAGGAAUUUUACACCUUGGAGUGGGGAGAGUGCGACGCAGCCGCGCGCAGUCAGACUGGUGUUUACGUAUUGAAGCCGGAACGGGAAGGGUGUACGCUGUCGGACAGCUGGCAGCCACAGAAUCAAACGCGUAUCUGCACCGUGAACCCAGCAAACACCGGCAUCGCAAAGACACUCUCGGUCAUGAUCGUCGUUUUCGCACUUUUUCUGGUGUUUGGGCUGGUUGCGGCGGUCAUGUUUCCAAGUCGCUUCCGUCGUCAGGAGUACCGGCUCGGUGAUCGUGAGAGCGGGACGGAGCUGGGCGAGUACAACCUCCGCAACGACGGCAUUGACGGUCUUGAAUUGCACUACAACGUAGCGAGUGCCGUGGAUGGGGGCGAUGCGGCGGCACCACACGCGGGUGCGUCUCGCGUCUCAAGCCUGGCCGAUCGUCUCCUCCACUCGAUGGCCAGUACGUUGCGACGGUUCGGCUUACCAGCGAGAGGGCCAACAUCUCGUGACAAUGGGUACAACACGUUGCCCACGACGGACGGGGCAUUUCCCCCGGAGGAGAGCUCGCAGCGUCCCUCGCGCGUCGGCGGCCGUCGCAACGAAGUUCUAUUCACCUUGGAGGAUGGGGCCGACGAUGACAUUUUACCUCCGCUCCCCUCACGGUAG